AUAAUGGUUCCCAAAUCCACCGUGAUCUUCGACACUUGGAACGGCAACGUCACAGCCGGAAACGACAUCGCGAUGCUCCAGCUGUCCCAGGAGUCAACCCGCCCGCCCAUCCCUCUUCCGCCGUCCGAGUCUCUCACCCCUGUCAGCUCCACUCCUCGCGACCAAUUUUUUGUCGCGGUGGGCUACGGGGAGGUCGCGGGAGGGGGUCCAGUGGCCACACUGCGGCAAGACCUGAAUACCGUGAUUGUGGAAAAUGAAGUCUGCGGCAAUGGCCAGGGGUGGGGAAACGCGACCAUCAAAGACACGAUGGUGUGUGCCCUCGGUCUGGACAAUGACCAGAGCAGCUGCCAAG